AUGUCCGACGGUGAAACGCAAACGUCACUCUAAAGGUUUUGAGAAAACAACUGCGUUUUUGCUCGGCUGAACCGCUAACAAUAAGUACGCAAUUAUUGGUUGUGAGGCGCUACUGUCAGCCGCAGUCGUAGCAGACGACACACUUGAGCUGUCAAUGUGCAAACAUGGCGUCCGCAACGUCGUAGCGCCACCGAGUAUUCGAUUGUCUUGUAGAGCGAAAUAUAAGUGUCAUUUUGUUACGGAGGAGACCGAGAGUAAUUGUUCUAAUCGUUGGAAGGUCGUUACUCUGACAUUCGCUUGCGCAUUUCCGUACCUUUACUGAUGGAUGACGAUACAAUUGCUUUUGGAGAGGAAGAGGAGGCUGCUCAAAAUGCCAACAAGCUUAAACACCCGUACGUUACAUUGUUUCACUUGGCCUUCAGGAUAGCAGCCAUAAUGGUUUAUUUGCUUUGUGGAAUAUUUUCAAAUAGUUUUAUAGCGAGCUUCGUAACAGUGGUACUACUUUUGUCGAUGGAUUUUUGGACAGUUAAGAAUAUCACGGGAAGAUUAAUGGUCGGCCUUAGAUGGUGGAAUUAUGUGGAUGACGAUGGCAAAAGUCAUUGGGUUUUUGAAUCUAAAAAGGGUGCACAACAGAACCGCAUUAAUGCAACAGAGGCGCGAAUCUUUUGGUUGGCUCUGAUAUUAUGCCCAUUUUUUUGGUCAAUAUUAUUUGUCACCGGAUUGUUCGGUCUCAGAUUCAAAUGGCUUUUGAUCGUCUGCAUUGCCAUUGUUUUGAAUGGUGCAAAUCUAUAUGGCUAUGUUAAAUGUAAAAUGGGAAAUGAUCAAAAUAUUUCAGCAGCAACCAGUGACUUCAUCAGGAAACAAGUUAUUCAAAAUGUUUCUUCAAUGAUGACUAGGAGUCCUCCAACAAAUAAUUCCAAUCAACCAACUAAUGUAAUAUAAACUUGUGAAUUUAUAAGCGCUAAUGUGUCAUCUAAAAUUCAUAUUUAUAUGAUGGAUAAUUUAAUAAAUAUUUACAAACAGUUUGUACAUAAUAA